CCGCGGUCGCCGUUCACACGAAUCGCGAAUUCGAUUCUUGCACCUUUUGACGUCGCGUGCAAAAGAGGGUAGAAGAAGAAAUUAAAAUGUCCAAGUCGAACGACAACAAGGCCAAGGCCAUCAUCGGCUACUCGGACAUCACGGACGACGCGACCAUCUGGAGGGCAUUGGCCGCCGAAUUUGUCGGCACCUUCUUCUUGGUCUUCGUCGGCUGUGCCAGUGUCAGUGCGUCAUGGAGCGAGGGCUACGCCCCAUCCAUGUCGCAAAUCGCCCUCACCUUUGGCCUCGCCGUCGCCACAAUGGUCCAGGCGAUCGGUCACGUGAGCGGAGGUCACAUCAACCCGGCGGUGACCUGCGGCAUGCUGGUCACCGGCGACAUCAGCCUUUUGAAAGCCGCCUUCUACAUCGUGGUGCAGUGCAUCGGCGCCGUCGCCGGCUCGGCUGUCCUCAAGGUGAUCACCCCGGAAGCAACUCAGAAUGGACUGGGCAUCAACAACAUCUCACCCCUGAUCACGCCGCUGCAAGGCUUCCUGGCAGAGGCCCUGAUCACCUUCACCCUGGUGUUGGUGGUGCACAGUGUUUGUGACCAGCGUCGCGGAGAUGUCAAGGGCUCCAUUCCCCUCGCCAUCGGCCUCACUGUCACCCUUUGCCACUUGCCCUUCAUCAAUUACACUGGCUCCAGCAUGAACCCCGCCAGAACCUUUGGACCUGCCGUUGUCACUGGUUUCUGGGAUAACCACUGGAUCUACUGGGCCGGUCCCAUCACCGGCGGCGUCGUCGCUGGACUGCUCUACAAGUUGCUGUUCAAGGUGCGAAAAGGCGAUGGAGAGGCCAACUCGUACGACUUUUAGACUUUUCGCCCAACCACGCAGGGAUAGAUCUUUGUAAUUUUAAUCGGGGCAGCGCUGCGUGCUCAACGCAUUUUUAGUUAAUUUAUUUUUGUCUCCAGUGAUUGACAACUUCUAUUAUAUUACACCCAUGCAAACAUAGUUGUUGGAGGCGCAUGUAUUUUUUUUAUGAUUUAAAACUGUAUAAAGUGAGGCUACGUUCUUUUAUCUAAGCGUUUUAAAUAUAUAAUGUAUUAAUUUCGGACCAAAUUUUAAUGAUUGUGAAGUUUUUAGACACAUAAUUAUGUUAAGAUUUAAGCCAGAAAAGCAGGGAAACUUCUUCAUUAUUUUGUGUGCAAGUGGAACCUAGUGCAAAAUCCAGAGUUUCCCAUUUUGAGGAAAUUAAAUGAGAGAGAAUUAAGAGGGUGACCUUGGUGCGAGAGGAGUUGAUUUUUUACCUGAGCACAAGCAGGCGCGCUACAGUCUGAUCUGGAAUAGCUAUAGAGCCGCGGUCGGUCAUUAUUACGUCACUUGACCCCCUUUUGCAUCGCCACCCCGGGGGCAUUUCAGCUCUGAGAGUAAAAGUAAAAGAGACAUAAUAUACAUUUUUUCCAUUCAUUCAUAUAUCUGUCUCUCUGCGCGAUUAUUUGCUGCAACGCGAUAUUCGUCGCGAGAAAAGUGAGAUGAGUCGAUUGCGUGUAGCGCGGCUCCAUUUUCCCGAUUCCCAACGCGAUAUCCCGCGAUGGAUUUUCGAGGAGCCUUGGACUGUCUGCGGGACAACCAAGUGAACUCGUUUGCUGCUGUGACUCAACUGUUAAUGAGCCAUUAACUACAUGCAUCAAAAGUCAAUGACUGCGCACC